UUUUUGAUGCCAAAUGGUGAGGAAACGAAGACGUUACUAUACUGGAAUGACAUGCUAAUGAUGAAGAUUAUCGAAUUUGUUGAGAGGUUCAAAGAUCGAAAUUCACUGGAGCUUUCGAGUCGAAGAUUGAGAGAAUUGUGCUUGAAAACUCCGAUUUCUGGAAAUUUUGCGAUUCGAUUGGAAGAAGAUCCUAAUUGGCCAUCAAUUCUCACUCUUCUCAUGCGACCUCGUAAUUUCUCGUCCCGUCUUUCAGUUCGAAACUGUUCAGAUGUUCCUGAAGAUGAACGUAGCGAAAUAGUAGGCUAUAAUUACAAGGAUACUAUUCAAAAUCCAGAUGUUUUCUUCAACGGAGUCAGCAAGCGACUUCUCAAUCGGAUAGUGGAGUUUGAAAUUAGAUGCCGUCGAUUUACUGUACAAAUUCUGGACAAUAUAGAAAAGUUUCCCAAAUUAAACAGAAUCAUUGUGAGAAAUGCACGAAACUUUUCGUUUGAAUUGGAUGAGGAAUCAGGCGACGCCGCCGUUUUGGAUCGAAUCGAAUCAUUGGAACUUCAUCUCGAUCGACAAUGGUGUACGGAAAUUGAACGAAUGAAACGACUAAUAAAUCCAAAUUUGAAACAUUUCUGCUGCCACGUCAAUCCGAGCCUAUCUAAAAACUCGUGGUUCAUUGAAGAAAUUAUGGUCGAGAUGGCAUUGCAUGAAGUUCAACUGGAAACGUGUCAGCUGGUUUUUCCUGAUCCACAAAUGCCGCGAAAUCUUAUUAUUGCUUUGACUCAAUUCAUGUCGGAUAGAUCACGAGUUUUACAAGUAUUCAUCACAAAUGGACCAUAUAAUCUUUCACCGACAAGAAAAAUGAUUCCAACUUUGAAUAUUCAAUUUCGAGACGAAGAGGAUAAUACUGUCAAGGAUCUAGCUGAUGCUUGCCCGUCGAUAUUCAAAAAAGCAGAAGUUAUUCAUAUGACGAAUCUUCACGAAGACGGCUUUAUUCAACUCGAAACGGUUCUGCCGAUAAUGUACUCUGUCAAAGAGCUUCUCAUAUCAAGCUGCCCUCAGAAAGAAGAGAUCUGUCCAAUCGAUCAAAUUCUUGCAUUCAUUCCGUCAACAGUUCGAACACUUUAUCUAAAUGACUGCAAGCUGACUCCAUCUUCCAUUGAUCUAUUAAUUUCCCGAUGUUCUACAACUCUCCGGAAUCUACAUUUUCAUAAUAAUGGAUCUUGUAAUACUGUACAAAAUUUCACAAAACUUUUGGAUGGCCUUCAAGAACUAAGAAUAUUAGAACUGGAUAUGUUAAUUCCGCAUCUUUUAUUCCCAAAAAUUGUGGAGCACCAGAAAUUAGAAAAACUCAUUGGACUCGUGAACGGAACUCUACCGGAAAAUUCAUUAGAAAUUCUACGCCAACAUUUUAACCACGUCAAUCUCAAGAAAAUUGAUCGUCAAAAACAUCAACUCACGGUUUCCAAUCCAUCUCAUCACUGAUCUCCAAAAAAAAACCAUAUUUGAUCUCAUUUCUGUGAUUUUGAAAAUUAAACGAAAAAUCUAAAUAGUCGAAAAAUUUUAUAAAUAAGUUUUAAUUUU